AUGUCCCGAUCACACCACAAUACCCAUUUCAAACCUGAGCAGCGCAGCCCGCUCGCACUACCCAUUAUGACCUUCUUCAUCCCAAACGAAGUAAAGACUCUCCGCAUCACGGCUCAUUCUCAUAAAAUAUGCUACACUCGGCAGACGCCUUCUCCAGCUGAUUUGGAAAAGGGCGUUCGAGUCGUACUCGUAGAGCAGUUUCCCAAUGAUGGUCAGGAUUGUCGUCAAUGCCCAUCCUACACCCACGUGUUCUACGUCUCGGAUUUAGGGCUUGGAGGCGGAGGCGGAGGCGGAGGAGGGGGAGGAGGAGGAAGAGAAGGAAGAGGGGCCAACUGGAAGCUUCACAUUGCGCCUCUUAUAACCCCCUUGUUGGUCAGUGCCGAGCGUCUGUUAAACGUGAAGCCUCCACCCGGCGUUUUUGAACUAUGGGAGUUUCAUACCAGGCCAUGGGAGUUGGACAAGAAGACUGCCAAUGUAACUCAGGGACGUAAGGGUGAUAGGGAGAGUUCUACUAGUAGGGUCCAUCGGGAGGAUGGAUUUAAAGGUAGUCGGACUGGUGAACUCCAGCAUGGAAGGAGGGGUGUUUCGCAGGUGCACUACCCUGCCCAAUCGCACAACCUUACGCAGUCGCGUUACCCCACCCAGUCUCACCACCCCUCCCAGUCCCACUACUCUACUCCCAGUCAUUCCCGUGAUACGCGGUUGCAUCAUACCGGGCGAAGUACGACAGUCUACCACGAGUCUAGAUCUUUAUAUUAUUCAACGGGCCACCCGGCAUCUUAUCAGUCUAGCGUCGUCAAUGACAACCGAACCCGGCAUCUCAAUCCACCGAGCAACUCGAAAAUACCCAGUAGCUCGAAUUUAAAGGUCCCCGUGCGUGCGAUCUACAGUGUCAAGCAGCCCCUCAGUACACCGACACCAACUUCACCCCCUGUUUCUCGAAGCCUGUGUAGGGUCUUUGACUGGGUGAAGUCAAAGUCGCUCUCUCAGCCGAACUUGUCUCAAAGUCGUAAGGCCAAAAGCAAGGACAAGGAAUCAUCAGACACAAAAGGCUAUAAAUUCGGCCCAACGCGACUGAAUCCCUUCGAAGUGGAUGGUCUCCCGCCUGCGUAUGGGGAGUAUACGGGUGUGGAGAUCCAAGAGUAUCGAUAUCCUCAUCUUGCUUGGCCGGAUCCGACUUGGGGCCAUGUGUAUAGGAACCAAUGA